CUUGGGGGUCCCUGCGGAGACGCUGGCCCUGAAAAGGGGUUGACGACUCAGGGACAACGUGUAGGUGUGGCCAUCUCGCACUGCGGCUCAAGGCGGAUAGGGUUGGAGAGCGGCAGAGUGGCACGCCGCCCCCGCCCGUCGCUCGCGGCGGUCCGGGCCAGCGAUGCCCCCCCGUGCGCCCGUCCGUCUGCUGCUCCUCGCCUGGCUCCCGGCGCUGGCGGCGCAGGCCGCGCCCGCGGUGGAGUGCGAGGUGGCCGUGGUGGGCGCCGGCUGGGCGGGGGUCUACAGCGCGUGGAGGCUGGCGGUGGACGCCGGGCCAGCGAGCACUGGCGGUGUGCCCGCCGGCCAGGUGUGCGUGUUCGAGGCGUACCGCCGGCCGGGUGGCCGGACCUACACCACCCAGAUCGAGGACUACCGGGUGGACGUGGGAGCCUACCGCUUCGCCGGGGACAUGCACCUGCCCGCGGACCUCAUCAUGGCCGCGCUGCGGCUGCCGACGUCCUGCUACGACCCGACCUGCAACGACAGCGACGUGCGGGGCGAGGUGGCAUGGCCUUACGCACAGCCUCUCAGGAAGAUCGUGGACUCGUCAGGUCGCCACGCCGGCUACGGCGUGGCCUUGGACACGAUGCUGGACCAGCUGGCUGCCGCUGGCGCGCGCCUGGCCUUCGGCACAGAGCUGGUGGGGGUGUCCGGCUGCGAUGGGAUGUGGUGCCUCAGCUUCCGAGACGGCGUUGCCGUCAGGAGUGCCAGGGUCGUCCUGAAUGUUCCCAGGCCCGCGCUAGCGCGCGUGGAGGGCGUCGAGCAGGCGGUCGGGCGGCGCUGGGCGGCCUUGGCCUGCGUCUCGCGCCAGUUUCCCAAGCACGUCACGGAGGGCAGCACCACAGUCAAGGUGUAUGCCGUCUACGAUGAUGCUUGGUGGAUCUCGCGGCUCAAUUUGACACGAGGUGUCGCAGAGGACAUGGGGGAUCCCCCGGUGUCUAUACACUACCACGACGGAGAAGUCGUGUGCUCGGACCAGGUGGACCCUGGUGGCAAGCCAGUGUGGGCGACGGCCAGGCGAAGCUCGGAUCUCCGCAGAUGCAGAGGAGUGCUGCAGGUGUUCUACCGCCACUCGCAGCUCUGCCCCGCCAGCACGCCCCACUGCAUGGACUUCUGGGCGUCGCAGCCGCGCGCGAACAGCGCGGAGCCGGCGGAGGUGCUCACAGAGGGAGGUGCCGUGGACUCUCCAGCAUUGCGGCAGCGGGUACACGAAAAGUUGCUGAAGAUGCACGCGCCGCAGUCUGCGCAGCGGAACGUCUCCCUGGCGGGGAUCGCCCCCCCGACCGCGCUUGUCUACUCCGUGUGGGCGCACAGCGGCACUUUCCCGGAGGGCGACCUUGGCAUGCAGUCCGGCCCACAGGACGUCAUCUUCGAGGACAGCCUGGCAUCGGUGUGCAGCGGGGUCAGCUCCCCGCGCGAGUACGAAGACAUGGUGCAGGGCACCGGCAAUUGGUCUGGCAUUGCGCCGGGCCUGCACUUCGCCAACAACGACUUCGCGGCCACGCGAUCCGCGGCGUGGCACGGCCCCUGGGCGGAGGCGUCGCUGCUCAUCGCGGAGAGGAUCCUGGCCGGCGCGUUCGGGCUGCCCCGGCCCAGCUGGCUGAACGGGACCUACUACGCCCGCGAAGUGGGCCUCCGCGGGAGUGCUCGGGCAGCGUACCCGCGGCAGGUGCUGGUGUGAGGCGGUGGCGUGGCCGGGCCGCUCGCCAGCGCCUCGCGUCUCCGGGCGGUGUGCAGUGAGGCAGCGUCUGCCCCCGCUGCGCACAUGGGGCACUCCCGCGCGCGGCAGGAGGAAGAACAAGGAG